CAAACCGCUUUCCGUAGUUCAUUCCUUGUUGUUUACCUGUUGAGGCUCCGCCUAUGUUGUCGAAGGGACUGGGUGUUGGGCAUAUUUUGUGAUAUGCGAAUGUAUCUUUUACAAUGGAUUAAUUCAUACACAUUCUAGACAAUCGUCUUAAGUUGUGAGAUGAUUAAUUACAACAUUUUCACCCCAGAGAUUGUUUUUAUUGCACGUCGCAGUGUUAGCUAGCUAACCUUAGCCAACGAACGGCGUAGGCCGAUGAAGUAGCUAGCAGGCCUUCCUAAGAUAGCUGCUGGUGUGCGACGUAAAUAAACGAGAAAAAAAUCUAGGGGGGUAUCUAGGUGAAUUUAGUCGUCGUUUCAUACAACGUUGUUUUUAUCCAGUUCUGUCGACAAAGAGAAAUAGCAAUGAAUUGUCGUUCAGAAGUGUUGGAGGUGUCGGUUGAGGGAAGACAAGUUGACGAAGCUAUGUUGGCGUUAUUGCACACGAUACUGCUGCACAGGAGCACUGGGAAAUUCCAUUACAAGAAAGAAGGCACGUAUUCCAUCGGUACAGUCGGUACACAAGACAUAGAUUGUGAUUUCAUCGACUUCACUUUCGUGCGAGUGUCUUCGGAGGAGCUCGACAGGGUUAUCAGGAAAGCUGUAGGCGAAUUUAAGGACGCUCUAAGCAACACUGGGAGUGAUGGAAUGGGUCAAAUCUCUUUGGAGUUUUACCAGAAGAAGAAAUCACGAUGGCCUUUCUCUGACGAAUGCAUCCCAUGGGAGGUUUGGAGCAUCAAAGUAAAUGUUGUGAAUUUGGCCAACGAGCAGGAGCGUCAGAUCUGUCGUGAGAAAGUGGGAGAGAAAUUGGGUGAGAAGGUCAUCAACAUCGUGGAAGUCAUCAAUCGUCACGAGUACCUGCCAAAAAUGCCCACGCAAUCGGAAGUGGACAAUGUGUUUGACACCAGUCUGAAAGAUGUCCAGCCAUACUUGCACAAGAUCACUUUCCAGAUCACGGACUCCCUUGGUACAUCUGUAAGCACAACAAUGAGAAGACUUAUUAAAGACACGUUGGCAUUGUAAGAGUGAGAGCACAAUCGUCUCACCGUGUGCUUUCACAAUUUUUUUUUAACAGGAUCACAGGUCAUAAGUCCGCCUAAUCAACCAUCUGCUGAACAUACCAUAAAGUAAUGCAGUGCUGCACCAUAUGUCAUUGUGGUUGAGAUCAAAUAUAGACUAUUUUCCACCAUAUUCACGCAACAGCAAUUCCAAAAUUUUGAUAGGCUAUUCUGUUUUGAAUAGAUAACUAAAAAUGAUCUAACUACUUCAAUAGCUUUCUUGUCAGGGCAAAUGUGUGAGAAAUUUCCUUUCAGGAUUAAAGAAAGCCUUUAUACAGUCCCUAAUGAUACUACUUCACAAUUUGCCUUUCAUAAAAUGUAACCAUGGAUACGCAUUGUAGUUAUUACUGUAAAAAUGUACAAAAGUUGGAAUUUCCACUGUAGUGUGCUCAUGACCGUUCAGAAGAUUACUCAACCACAGGCAGCCAGUUAACCCUUCUCUGUUCCUUUAACCUCUAAUGUCAUCUCAUUUAUGUAAAAAUAAAUACAACAACUCUAAAACUAAUUAUGAUACACAGACACCUGAUCAUUUUCCUAAAUAUAUUCCUUUUUGUGACACGAUGUAGCUAUUCACAUUAUCUAUCGUCAGUGUGAUGUACCAUGAUUGUUCAGUUGCCAAUAAGAAAAUAAACCUGAUGAGAUACAA